AUGCUCCUCAUCGAGCUUACUAAAGGAAAGAGUCGCCGAGAUCCCGUGACAUUUGAGGAAGAACACGAUAGGGCGUUCAACGAGCUGAAGCCCAGGAUUCCCUUGCCAACUAUUCUAUCAAAUCCUGACUUUUCCCCGCCAAUUCAUGUUAAUAUGGAUGCCAGCGAUGUUGCCAUUGGU